GCGAGGCUAAGCGGCUUGAGUCCAGUCUGUGCGGCAGAGGCAGGAAGAUGGCGGCGCAGGACAGCGAUUCCUCUCAGCAACUGGCUCUGGGCAACGGCGAGGUGAGCAGCAAUGGAGCUGCAGGGGGAGAUCAGGCUGUACCGACAGCACAGGAGCAGCAGCCAUCACCUCAGCAGCCUCCCAACGCCUGGCAGGUCAUCAAGGGGGUCCUCUUCAGAAUAUUUAUCAUCUGGGCAAUCAGCAGUUGGUUCCGUCGUGGGCCCUCCACUCCGGAUCAAAGCAGUCCGAUGGGUGCGCCACAAGCUCCCAGCCGGAAUCUCUUCCCCAGGGACACGCUCAUGGUAAAGGAAUAACAGAAGCAGUGAUCCCAAUGCCAGCCACAGUGGCUUUUAACCCGUUAUAGUGACUGCACGCGGGUGAAGAACAUGAAGCAAAUAUAAUAGGACCCCAGCACAUUGUGUAGUGCCUGCUCAUUGGUGGUAGAACAAAAUACACUCUGAGGGGCUGGUGGGAAAGGGCUGCUGGCCUUGGUGUUCUGGACUUUCUGUUUCGAUUCCAGUGAGGC